AGGUCAGCUCAAGCUUGACUGAAGGGUUUAUGUUAUGAAGGCCAUGCAGCUGCAUCUCGUCACGCACGACGCGCCCGCGCACCUCUACUGCCACCAGUGUGACGUCACCUUCAAGAAUCGCAUGACGUAUUACCAACACAUGAAGUACAACUUGAAACACAUUGAUCCUGCCAAACUUAAGCACGCGUGCGCCACGUGCGGCAAGAAGUUCACGAAAGCGGCUCGCCUGGAGGAACACAACGUCGCCGUGCAUCUCAAGACCACGCCCGUUAGCUGUACCAUGCCCGACUGUAGCUUCGCGUGCUCAUCGCGAACGGUUCUGCGAACACACAUCCGCAUGGUGCACCGCAACCUGCGCGCCGCCAGGAACCACGUCUGCCACGCCUGCGGGAAGGCUUACAAGACCAAGACAUCGCUGGAGGGCCAUUUGCGCGCGCAUUCGGGCGAGCGUCCGUUCGCGUGCGCACUGUGCUCGUCCACGUUCGCGUACGAGGCCGCGCUCUACAACCACAACAAGCUCGUGCACCAGAAGGGGAAGAAAACCGCCCAAUCGUCAGGCAACGCCGGCAACGCGCGGCCAUCCGUCCAACGCGUCGUCCCACCACCAGAAGCCUUCCCGCCUCUCGUGGCCACCAUCAAACUCGCACACAUCUAUUGUGAUCAACAGUGA